AUGUUUGAAAAAUCACUGGUCGACCUGAUCCGUGGCCUUCGUGGCCACAAGGGCAAUGAAUCGGAAUACAUCCAAAGCGCCCUCAAAGAGUGCCGGAAUGAAAUCCGAUCCCAGGACCUGGACGUCAAAGCAACGGCGCUAUUGAAACUCAUCUAUCUGGAAAUGUUCGGAUACGACAUGACUUGGGCCGCCUUCAAUGUCUUGGAGGUCAUGGCCUCUCCCAAAAUCAUGCAGAAACGAGUCGGCUAUCUGGCUGCAGUCCAGACCUUUCGGCCCGACACAGAGGUUUUAAUGCUGGCCGAGAACCUCUUGAAGAAGGACCUCACCUCUCCCUCGAUCCCCAUUUUGACGCUCCCAAUUGUCACUCUUCCGCACAUUGUGACCUCCUCCUUGGCACUGUCCAUUUUGUCAGACCUGCUACCGCGACUGUCACAUUCCCAACCCGCCGUACGGAAGAAAACCAUCGUCGCCCUUUAUAGGCUCGCCCUGGUCUAUCCCGAGACUUUGAGAGUGGCGUGGCCCAAGAUAAAAGAGCGGCUCCUGGACGAAGACGAAGACAGCAGCGUUACUGCCGCCACUGUCAAUGUUGUCUGUGAACUAGGAUGGCGGAGACCCCAGGACUUCUUGCCUUUGGCGCCGAGGUUGUUUGAUCUCUUGUUGGCUCAAAAGAACAACUGGAUGGGAAUCAAGAUCAUCAAACUGUUCGCGGUUCUAACUCCUCUCGAACCCAGAUUGGUCAAGAAACUAGUCCGACCUCUGACGAAGUUGAUCCAGGAGACGACCGCCAUGUCCCUGCUCUACGAGUGUAUCAGUGGGAUCAUACAAGGAGGAAUCUUGGACAUGGCUGACAGUGGAGUGGAUGUUGAAGAAGUGGCCGAUCUCUGCAUCUCGAAGCUGAGAGGGAUGAUCGUGUUGGACGGCGACCCAAAUCUGAAAUAUGUGGCGCUUUUAGCGUUCAACAAGAUCGUCGGGUCUCAUCCAGCACUCGUGUCGAUGCAACAAGAUGUGAUCAUGACCUGUCUGGACGACCCGGAUAUCUCGAUCAAGAUGCAGGCGUUGGAGCUAGUGUCGGGAAUGGUCAAUAGUGACAGCCUCCCAGGCGUUGUGGACCGACUGAUCAAACAGCUAGCGAGUUCGCCAUCGGCUGUCGAUGAUGCGGCCAACGGCCAUCCGGAAGAAGGACAGACAGACAUGGAACAGAGAUUGAUUCCUGACAAACGAGGAUCCGAAAAUACACCUCUCUCCGAGGAAUAUCGGCAAGAGAUUCUCACUCGAAUCCUGGACAUGGGGUCACAUAACACAUAUGUCAACAUUACAGACUUCGAGUGGUAUAUCGAAAUCCUAGUUCACCUUGUGCGGCACCUUCCACCAGAUAAGGAGACUACCUCAGGAAUGCUGGCCGAUACCACCUCCUCUCUUGGAGCCCGAGUUGGGGCCCAGCUUGUCGACAUUGCGGUUCGAGUGAAGGAACUACGACCAGAUACAACCAGAGCGGCGGAGACUCUAGUUCUAUUGUCGAAUCGAGUCAUUUCCUACCCCAGGCAUGGUUCUGGGCAAAACGAAGUGCUGAGAUCCGCAGCCUGGAUCUGCGGAGAGUUCGCAGGCUAUCUGUCGAAUCCCUACGAAGUUGUCAACUCUCUGAUCCAUGAGUCAUCCACAGAUUUCGGUCCUGCAACACUUGCCAUCUUCGUACAAGCAAUCCCGAAAAUCAUCUCGCAGAUAGCUGUAACUGCCAAUCGGGAAUGGAAUAUCUCUCGAGGCGCAACGAUGUCGCUUUUACUCGCCCGGACGACGGAAUUUCUGGAAGGACUGUCGUCCCAUCCCAACCUGGACGUGCAGGAAAGGAGCGUCGAGUUUCUGGAGCUUCUGCGUCUCAGUUCGGAAGCGCUUUCGGCCCAGUCCAAUGACAAUACACAAGCGCCACUUCUUUUGACCUCUGCAAUACCCACACUUUUCUCUGGGAUGGACCUCAACCCUGUUGCCGCCGCAGCUCAGAAGAAAGUGCCCUUACCGAAUGACUUGGACCUGGAUGACCCCAUCAACCCCGACUUGCCCUCCAUACUACAAGCCUCACAGGAGGCAGACGAAGGCGAUUCCGCCGAUGAUGUGUUCCAGUCUUUCUAUCACGACCGUGAACCCGUGCAGGUGAUUUCAUCGCUCCAGCCUCACUCUGGCUCGGCAAUCGUGGAUCAUCCAUCCGAAGCAGAGCCCACCUCAUACCAAUCGGCCCCCGAGUCUCCAGCCACAGUGGCGCAGCGUAAAGCCGAGAGGGCGGCCAGAAACAAAGACGACCCAUUCUACAUUGCACCAUUGGAUGACUCAAGUCCUCAUCAACUCCACGACAUCAUCCGCAAAUCGAACGGCGACGAAGAACUCGAUGUCGACUCAAUCCCGAUCAUCGACCUACAGAUUGAUCACACACAAACCACCGCCACCCAUCAUGGAGAAGAUUAUCCGGGCCGGUCGACGAGAAAGAAGAAGCCCGUUCGAAAAUUCGUGGUCGCGGCCGACGAGACAUUGGACCCCGACGCCGACGCCAGCUUAGCCACGCAACCACUGUCCAAAUCGGCGUCGCACUCGCACUCGACAUCACUAUCUACCACACCAGCGGUCCAUCGACCUCGUUCGCUCAGUCCACAUGUGGGACCUGGGCUCAGCGGCAAGGCUCCCGUGCGACCGACACGGAACCUGUUGACGGUGGACUCGUCGACGCUAGAAAAGUUGAGUCUUGAAGGCCCGCCCGAAUCCGAGUCGGAGAUUCUGCGCCGCGAAGCCGAGGAGGCGGAGAUGGCAAUCGCCCUGCGCGAGGUGGAGCGGAAACGACUCGAGAUGCAACGAGAGGCUGAGCGGCAACGAACCGUAUUGGGCGAGGGAGUCGAUGCCGACGGGACUGUGGUGCGGCGGAAGAAGAAGAAGAAGAAGAAGCAGAUGCCGCGAGAGGUUGAAGGCGAGCCCGACAAUCAGCUGGGGCUGGAAGAGGGAGUCGUGGCCGUCAAGAAGAAAAAGAAAAAGAAAGUCGUCAAAAUCAGGUCCGAGCAGGCCGACGUCGACAAGGCCGCAGAGGGAGCUGAUGGUGCCGUCGGGGCCGAGCAGGAUUGA